GGAACGCUGGGAGCGUGACGUGUCCCUCUGGCCGCCGCCCUCCCUGCUCAAGCUAUAUAAAGGGCGCAGCUCACCCCGUCGGUCUUUUUCGCUACGGGUUUGCCGCUGCUUCGGAGGACCUUGAUUGGAACCGACGGAAAAGCCUAUCUUAACCACCCAACAUGGGAAAGGAAAAGACCCACAUCAACAUCGUUGUCAUCGGACACGUCGAUUCCGGCAAGUCCACCACCACUGGUCAUCUGAUUUACAAAUGUGGUGGGAUUGACAAGAGAACCAUUGAGAAGUUUGAGAAGGAAGCUGCUGAGAUGGGUAAAGGCUCCUUCAAGUAUGCAUGGGUAUUGGAUAAGCUGAAGGCAGAACGUGAACGUGGUAUCACUAUUGAUAUUUCACUCUGGAAAUUUGAAACCAGCAAGUAUUACGUCACUAUCAUUGAUGCUCCUGGACACAGAGAUUUCAUCAAAAACAUGAUUACUGGUACAUCCCAGGCUGACUGUGCUGUCCUUAUUGUUGCUGCUGGUGUUGGUGAAUUUGAAGCUGGCAUUUCCAAGAAUGGACAAACCCGUGAGCAUGCCCUUCUGGCUUACACUCUGGGUGUAAAACAGCUCAUUGUUGGGGUCAACAAGAUGGAUUCCACUGAGCCACCUUACAGCCAGAAGAGAUAUGAGGAAAUUGUCAAAGAAGUAGGCACAUACAUAAAGAAAAUCGGCUACAAUCCAGAUACGGUGGCAUUUGUGCCAAUUUCAGGCUGGAAUGGCGAUAACAUGUUGGAGCCUAGCUCUAAUAUGCCCUGGUUCAAAGGGUGGAAGGUCACUCGUAAAGAUGGCGGUGCUAGUGGAACUACACUGCUGGAAGCUCUAGACUCUAUCUUGCCACCAACUCGUCCAACUGACAAACCUCUACGCUUGCCACUUCAGGAUGUCUACAAAAUUGGUGGGAUUGGUACAGUUCCAGUCGGUCGUGUGGAAACUGGUAUUCUAAAACCAGGCAUGGUGGUGACAUUUGCUCCAGUUAAUGUUACAACUGAAGUAAAAUCUGUUGAGAUGCAUCAUGAGGCCCUAAGUGAAGCUCUUCCUGGUGACAAUGUUGGCUUCAAUGUAAAGAAUGUAUCUGUAAAAGAUGUCCGUCGUGGUAAUGUUGCUGGAGAUAGCAAAAAUGAUCCACCAAUGGAAGCAGCUGGAUUCACAGCACAGGUUAUCAUCCUGAACCACCCAGGCCAAAUCAAUGCUGGCUAUGCCCCUGUUCUGGAUUGUCAUACUGCUCAUAUUGCUUGCAAGUUUGCUGAGCUGAAGGAAAAAAUUGAUCGUCGUUCUGGUAAGAAGUUGGAAGAUGGUCCAAAGUUCCUCAAAUCUGGAGAUGCUGCCAUAGUUGACAUGAUUCCAGGCAAGCCUAUGUGUGUUGAGAGCUUUUCUGACUAUCCUCCUCUGGGUCGUUUUGCUGUGCGUGACAUGAGACAGACCGUUGCUGUUGGUGUCAUCAAGGCUGUUGAUAAAAAAGCAGGUGGUGCUGGCAAGGUCACAAAGUCUGCCCAGAAGGCUCAGAAGGCUAAAUGAAAAUUCUGUACAACUGCCACCUCAGUCUUAAUCAGUGGUGGAAGCAUGGUCUCAGAACUUUUUGUCUCAAUUGGCCAUUUAAGUUUAAUAGUAAAAGACUGGUUAAUAAUUACAAUGCAUCGUAAAAGCUUCAGAAGGAAAGGAAUGUUUGUGGACCAUUUGUUUCGUGGCAGUUUCUAAGUUAUUAGUUUUUAAAAUCGGUAAUCUUUUUUUUAAAUGGAAACAACUUGACCAAAAUCUGUCACAUUUUUUGAGACCAUUAAAAUCAAAAGUUUAA